AGCAGUAUAUAUACUCAACAUUCUUAAGAAGUGGUUCGGUGAGAAAAAGAAAGUAAUGGCUAGUAGCAGCAUAGCAAAAAGAUGGAAGCAGUUGAGCGGGCAGAACAAUUGGGGAGAGCUUUUGGACCCUUUGGACAUUGAUCUUCGGCGUUACCUUAUUCACUAUGGAGAAAUGGCUCAGGCUACCUAUGACGCCUUCAACACCAAGAAGGCUUCCAAGUACGCUGGAAGCAGUUUGUAUGGCAAGAAAGAUUUCUUCUCUAACGUCGGUUUGGAGAAAGGCAAUCCUUACAAGUACCAAGUGACCAAAUUCUUUUACGCCACAUCGCAAAUCCGAGUUCCGGAAGCGUUUAUAGUGAAGCCAAUGUCGAGGGAAGCAUGGAGCAAAGAAUCAAACUGGAUCGGGUAUGUUGCCUUGGCCACAGAUGAAGGCAAAGAUGUUUUAGGAAGGAGGGAUAUUGCAAUUGCUUGGAGAGGGACAGUGGAGACCCUGGAAUGGAUCGAUGAUGUUGAAUUUAACUUGGUUUCGCCAGAGAAGAUUUUUGGUGAUCCAAGUGAUGCCAAGGUGCAUGAGGGCUGGUACUCCAUCUACACCUCGGAAGACCCACGUUCGCCUUAUAACAAAACCAGUGCCAGAGACCAGGUUCUCAACGAGGUUAUGAGGCUAGUGGAGCAAUUCAAGAACGAGGAAACCAGCAUCACAGUGACCGGCCACAGCUUAGGUGCAGCUCUUGCAACUUUGAAUGCCAUUGACAUUAUUGCCAAUGGAUAUAACAAGGCCAGUAAUCCAUCGGGAGGGGCCUCUCCUGUUACAGCCUUUUUAUUCGCUAGUCCUCGAGUUGGUGACUCAAACUUCAAAAAGAAAUUCACAGGAUACAGUGACCUUCGAGCGUUACGCGUCCGAAAUGUUAUAGAUGCUGUUCCCAAAUAUCCUAUGGUAGGGUACACGGAUGUGGGGGAAGAAUUGGAUAUUGACACACGUAAAUCAAAGUACUUGAGGAGCUCUGGGAACUGGUUAAAUUGGCAUGAUUUGGAAGCCUAUUUACAUGGGGUGGCAGGAACGCAAGGGUGUAAUGGAGGAUUUGAGUUGGUGAUUAGUCGUGAUAUAGCCCUCGUAAACAAAUCCGUCAAUGGAUUAAAGGAUGAAUAUUUGGUGCCAGUGUCAUGGAGGAUUGAGAAAAACAAAGGUAUGGUCCAGCAGGAGGAUGGUUCUUGGGAAUUAAUGGAUCAUCAAAGUCAAGACGAGGAUGAUACUUGAACAUCUCUCCAUGGUUUGAUAAACAAUCUUUAUGUUUUGUUCAAGAUUUUAAAAUAAAAACACUAAUCCGGAUUUUAUUUACUUUAAAAAUAA